CUUUUUAUGACGCCUCAAUUGAGGAGCUGCGGACUCGUCGCAAGAUCAGUCUAAAGCACAGUUCUCAUCAAGUCCUGGCCGGAGUUGUAAUGCAGAACCCUAAAAAAGAAUACAUAAAAGACACAUGUUUGCUUUCGGCAUUCACGCGCUAAUAAUUCGCACAUGUCGCUAAUAAUUCGCUCGUCGCGGCUCGUCGCACCCCGUGACACUUCGAUAGAUCGCGAGCUCCGGGCCCACAACGUGAAGUCGUGCCGCCCGUGUGCGGGUUAAGAGCUUGGAGGGGGGGUUAAGAGCCGGCUCGGAGGAACGUGAACUUGACUGGGAAGCGUUUGCCAGUGGCCGGAUAAGUCACGGUGUGUUGCACUGGCAAUCAUCAUGAUGUACGCCCAAACUCAGGCUUGAACUUGAGCGCCUCAGGCUCAGGCUGGGUAAAUGCACAAUCAUUAUGAUGGUGAUGCCGCAACCGUGACGGGCCGCCGGGCUAAGUAUGAUCGAUCUAGCCUAUGGCAGCAGAGGUGGCUGGAAAUUAUUUUGCACCGUCCUGCGUACCGUCGACAUGCUCCAGGUUAUCUCUUAGGUCACACCGCCGUGGAUAUAAAUCAAAGGAUAUAAUUGCAGACUCGAUAACGCGUAAUGAAGAGAGCAAAAAAAAAAUCCACUCAGAGACGGUUGCAAUCGAACGGCCAUAUUGCCCCACAGAGCAGCCAUAUUGCCACACAAGAAGAUGAUGACAUGUACCAGGAACCGCACCGUGUCAUCAAGAUUCCGGUAAACCAGCUCAAGCUAUCAGAAUUGGAUUUGAAGGAAGAACACACACGUGUCCUGACGGCAAACGACCCCAACGUCGCCAAUAACAUAACUAAGUUUAAUUACCACAGCCAUUGCUACAAGAUUGACCCGCCGGGAGGUCAGGAUAAUCUGGCUAUUCAUUUGAACUUUGAGGGAUCUACAUUACGCAAAGAAGGUGCCGAAGCAAGAGAGCAAGCAGCAUACUACUUGAAGUACAAAGAAGAUCUGGCCGAGGCAAAAAAAAUGAUUGUGGAAGAACAUGGGAAAGCUGAAGAUGAAAACGACCCCUUUGAGAAUCGCAAAAACCAGUUCAAUUACUCCGAGCGAGCAGCGCAAACUUUUAACAAUCCUUUGCGCGAGCGCUGUGUUUCUACAAAGCCGCCGAAAGUCAUCAACUUUUCGGGUUGUGUUACCCAGUGGGAAAUCUAUGAUCGGUACAUGGGCGACUACGUCAUGCAAAUAGCAGAACAGGAACUAUUAAAGGGCCAAGAAAAAAGAGGGGGUGGGUCCGGUUCAAACAUUAGCGAUGCCUCCCAGAAUACGGGUGCCGCCAAGAGUGACGACAUGGUACACUCUCAAAGGAUGGGCAAUGCGCUCAAAAAAAUUGAGCGGAUGUUAAAUCAGAAUGUGGACGAUGAGAUAUUCCAAGAUUUCAAAUACUGGGAUGACACCUCAGACGCAUUUCGCGAUGGUGAAGGAUCAUUGUUGCCUCUGUGGCGCUUCCACACUGAGCGAUCAAAACGCAAGCAGGUCACUGCUUUGGCCUGGAAUCCAAAGUAUCCUGACUUGUUUUCAGUUGGCUAUGGAUCUUACGACUUCAUGCGCCAGGGUGGUGGGAUGAUAUGCUGCUUUUCCUUGAAGAACACGAGCUAUCCAGAGUAUACAUUCACCACGGAAAGCGGAGUAAUGUGCUUGAAUUUUCAUUCUGAGCAUUGCUCUUUGUUAGCCGUGGGCUGUUAUGACGGAGUAGUGAUGGUCUAUGACGUCAGAAAUAGGGGAAAUAGACCCAUUUACUCGUCUUCAAUUAGAACAGGUAAGCACACUGAUCCAGUAUGGCAGGUUCAGUGGCAGAUCGAAGAUAUUGCGAAAGAGCUAAGCUUUUUCUCCAUUUCUUCCGAUGGUAGAGUUGCAAACUGGACAAUGUCAAAGAACGAACUGAAGAUGGAGCCAGUCAUGCAACUUAAGGUCGCAAACGCGUCAAACGAUGACCCGGAGGAUACUCUGCUGCCUGGUCUGGCAGGCGGAUGCUGCUUUGAUUUUAAUGGAGUCUCAGAACAUUUAUUUAUCGUCGGGACCGAGGAAGGAAAAAUUCACAAGUGCUCCAAAGCGUACUCCGGACAGUAUCUCGAGACCUAUCUUGGACAUCACAUGGCUGUUUAUUCCAUUCGCUGGAAUCCCUUUCACGAAAGGAUUUUUAUUUCAUGUUCGGCGGAUUGGACUGUGAAACUAUGGGAUCACAAUAUUUCCACUGCAGUCAUGUCAUUUGACUUGGGAAAUGCUGUUGGUGAUGUCGCGUGGUCCCCUUAUUCAGCAAGUGUAUUUGCAGCUGUCACUUCGGACGGAAAGGUGCACGUAUUUGAUCUGGCCGAAAACAAACACGAGCCCCUGUGUGAACAGAAAGUAGUUAAGCGCGCAAAACUCACGCAUAUAACAUUCAAUCAGCAAGAUCCUAUCAUAAUAGUGGGUGAUGAUAGAGGUGGGUGCAAUUCUCUAAAACUCUCACCAAAUCUAAGAUUGAACCAUGGGCAUGUAAAUGUGCAGCAACAAGCAGAAGUUCUGGAGAGUCUACUUGCCUCGGCUAGUAUAAAGCCCAUUGAAUGAAGAGAGUUGCCUCCCUUUUUGCGACGCUUUAGAUACUUUAGGACCGACACCUCUGUUCAAGCUGAAAUGCCCAGUAGAGAAUGCACGUAUCGGAGACCAGUGAGAAUGCACGUACUGCUUGAUCUUCGACCCCCACCGACAGCGGCGCCACUAUCUCUUCGGGCCGCGAUCUCUACGUAGAUCGGAAAUAAUGGAUGGAAUCGACCUUCGCUUCGCUCGGCACACCCUUAUCUGUUUCAGAAUUGUGCCAGUCAUAAGAAGGCCGUUUCGGAGGCACCCGGCUUUGCCACUGCCAGCGCCAGUAGCACUCAGGCUACCCAACCCCUGCUUGUCUUGCCUCUUGUAGGCUAAAAUAAGGACGCUCAUUUUACCCCGGGCCCCUUUUUGCACAGUGACCCGUCUAAGUGACCCGGUGACCUGCUACUAGUACUCAGUAAGUACUAGGCUACUACUCAGCGGCUUUUGCUGAGGCGGCUAGUACUAGAACUUGAACCCCCAAGUUAGACUCGGAGAUCAAGUCACUGGCAGGCUCACUCGGACUCAGGCCUGAGGACAGUAACACCCGUGGUUCUUCUGCUUAUUUCUCAUUUCAAGUUAACUCUCCGAGUCCAAGUCAUGAUUUUACUUCAACUUGAAGUUGUAGUAUUUGUAAUCAUGACUCGGAUAGUUUCAAAUUACUUUCCGAGUCUGCCAUAAUUUCUUAUUAUUUAAUUGUGGGUUGAGUGGUCCUUCUAUUAAUCGGGUUUGUCCGCGGUGUUCGCAUUUCCGCCUUUACUAGUAGGCGCCGCGUGCGCCGCGACGGCGGCCCCAUUCAUGGAUGUAGCGGGUGCGAUCGAUGGCCCGCUGCAGCACCUUCCAGCACGUAUAGUAUAGUAAAAGACCCCAAGAAGCCAAGACUUCGCCCUCGGGCUAAACUUACCUUGGUGUCGGCUCGGCUUUCCUGGGACGCUCCUUGGCUAAGCACUAGGUACUG